UGUGCGUCACGUGACUGGAACCAAGAUGGCGGCGCCCACAAGCAAAACGUGAAUCUUCAUUUGGAACCAAAUAAUAAAAGAAGCUGGGAACCAUGUCUCGCUUAAUUGUCAAGAAUCUACCAAACGGGAUAAAAGAAGAUCGAUUUCGAGAACUUUUUUCUGCAUUUGGAACUCUUACAGACUGUAGCCUGAAAUACACCAAAGAUGGCAAAUUCCGGAAAUUUGGUUUUGUUGGCUUUGGAUCAGAAGAUGAGGCCAAAGCAGCUCUUAGCCAUUUCCAAAAGAGCUAUAUCGACACGUCCCGAGUCACAGUGGAAUUGUGUAAAUCAUUCGGUGAUCCUGCCAAGCCCAAAGCCUGGAGCAAGUACUCCCAGAAAGAAGUGAAAGAUACAAAAGGCCAAGAAUCUAAAAAUACCAAAUCUACUGAUACCAAGGCACCCAAAAAGAAGAAGAAUUCAGAACUGGAAGAACUUGAGAAAGACAGCGGCUUCAAAGAGUUUCUAUCCGUGCACCAGAGCAGAAACAAAACAGCCACCUGGACCAAUGAUUCCCAGGACAUUAACAUUAAUACUGUGAAAAGCAAGUCAAAGGAUGAUUACCUGAACUUCGACUCCGAGUCUGAGCAGGACCUGACUGAGGAUGAGGAUGGAAGUGAAGAAGAUGCCCCAGAAUCCACAAAAGACACCGUGGAAAAGCUUGCUCUGCAGUCAGAGAUUUCCGACAUGGACUACCUUAAGUCCAAGGUAGUGAAGGAAUCUAAUGUGGCUUCAUCUGGAGAGGAAGAGGAGGGUGAGGAAGAAGAGACAGUACCAAAAGGACCAGAGGAAGCUGCAGAACAGGAGAUGUCUGUUGGAAAGGUCAAGGAGAAGAGCAGACCAGCAAAAAAAGAGAAGCCGGCUGUGGAGAAUGAACCAACAACUCCUUACACUGUCAAACUGAGAGGAGCACCAUUCAACGUCGUAGAACAAAACGUCAAAGAGUUCCUUGCGCCGCUGAAGCCAGCAGCCAUUCGCAUUGUACGGAAUACUCAUGGAAAUAAAACAGGAUAUGUCUUUGUGGAUUUUUCUAGUGAAGAGGAGGUACAGAAAGCUCUAAAAAAGAACAAGGAUUACAUGGGUGGCCGAUACAUUGAAGUUUUCCGAGAUGAACGUCCAGAAAGACCGCAGCUGCCUGCUAAGGUCCAGAACAGACCGUGGGAGCAGAAAGCAAAGGAUGCAGAGGAGCAAGAGGAUGUGUCCGAGUCAGGGAGGCUCUUUGUCAGAAACCUUCCAUAUAGCUGCACUGAAGAUGACCUGGAGAAGCUGUUCUCCAAAUACGGACCUAUUUCUGAGAUCCAUUUCCCCAUCGACCGCUUAACCAAGAAGCCAAAGGGAUUUGCUUUUGUCACUUUCCUUAUCACAGAACAUGCAGUAAAGGCUUACGCUGAGGUAGAUGGACAAAUCUUCCAGGGCAGGAUGCUGCAUGUCUUGCCUUCAACUGCGAAAAAAGAGGAUGAAGGUGAAGCAGGAGCAGACCCCUCUGCAUACAAGAAACAGAAAGCCCUAAAAGACAAGGCCAACAGUGCAAGCUCUCACAACUGGAAUACCCUCUUCAUGGGUACAAGCGCAGUAGCUGAUGUGAUCGCCCAAAAGUACAACACAAGCAAAAGUCAAGUGUUGGAUCAUGAAGGGAAAGGCAGCAUGGCUGUCAGAGUUGCGUUAGGAGAGACCCAGCUGGUUCAGGACAUGCGGAAAUUUCUAAUUGAAAAUGGAGUCAGUCUUGAUUCUUUCAGUCAGGCAGCAGGGACGCGCAGCAAGACAGUGAUCCUUGUUAAGAAUCUCCCAGCUUCAACCCAGGUUGCAGAACUACAGGAGGUUUUUGGACGGUUUGGGGACCUGGGCCGGGUCCUGCUUCCAGAAGGUGGGAUCACUGCCAUUGUGGAGUUCCUUGAGCCAACAGAAGCCAAACGAGCAUUCACCAAACUAGCAUACAGCAAGUUCCAGCAUGUGCCGCUUUAUCUAGAGUGGGCUCCCAUGAAUGUUUUCAGCAGCCCUCCUGCCCAGAAGAGAGUUGAAGCGGCAGAAGAGGCAGAAUCAGAGAAGACAGAGACAGAGGCUGUAGAAAGCCAGCCACAGGAAAACCAGAAGUCAAAGGAAGAUGAAGAAGAGGAUGACGAAGAGGAGGAGGAAGAGACGCUUCCCGGUUGUACGUUAUUCAUCAAAAACCUGAACUUCAGUACCAACGAGGAAGCCCUACAACAGGCCUUCUCCAAAGUCGGGACUGUGAAAAGCUGCAGCAUAUCUAGAAAGAAGGACAAAUCGGGGUCCCUUCUGUCUAUGGGUUUUGGAUUUGUUGAGUACAGAAAGCCAGAACAAGCUCAGAAAGCCCUGCGACAACUGCAGCACCUGACCUUGGACGGACACCAACUGGAGGUCAAACUAUCUGAAAGAGCAACUAGACCUGGGACGACUACAGAGCGUAAGAAGCAGAUUUCCAAGAAGCAACAAAGUUCUAAGAUUCUGGUGCGCAAUGUGCCUUUCCAGGCCUCUGUGCGUGAGAUCCGAGAGCUGUUCAGCACGUUUGGUGAGCUGAAGACCGUUCGCCUACCCAGGAAAAUGGCUGGCACUGGCAAUCAUCGUGGUUUUGGCUUUGUGGAUUUUGUAACCAAACAAGAUGCCAAGAGAGCAUUCAGCGCUUUGUGUCACAGUACCCAUCUGUACGGACGCAGGCUUGUUCUGGAGUGGGCAGAAGCAGAGGAAAGCGUGGAAACGCUGAGGAGGAAGACAGCAGAACAAUAUCAUGGAUCUCCCAAGAAGAAGAGGAAAGUGGCAGAGGUGAUGGAAGAUUUUAUGGAGAGUCUGGAGCCGGAUGACCCAGACGAAUAACAUGGUUUUCCCCAAACCUCACACAUUGUAAAUAGCAUGGUUUCAUGGAGUAACCAUGUGGUUUGUCAAGAGUUUUUGAAACUGAAGACCUAAUUGAGACCACUGGACAAACUUAAGGAUCAAACCUUGUGCUUCCCUACUCAACGCUUGAAGGCCCAUCCAUUGCAACAAGGCUGUUCAGCUAGUAUUCAAAGUGUUACAUCUACAGUUUCAUUGGGUAUUGUGUUAAGAACAUCACAAUGUUGUAUAUAAAAAUUAUUAACAGCACAGAACCAAAGGAAGCUUGAUGUAUGCUGUCAGAAAAGGCAAUAAAUGUUGACUGACUUUUAAACCAAGGCGAGUCAUUGCAUUCCCAGGCCAUUCCGGUCCAGCAAUCUCUGGAGGUACAAGAGCAUCCUGAUGCGCAGUGAGAGAAGACUAUUAAUCAUAUUUAAACCAAGGAGUAUACCCCCCCACCCAAGAGAGCUGUUGAACCUCUGAUUGUUUAAUUAAAAGUCCUGUUGUCCAUA